AUGACGGAAUUUCUCGAUUUAGAAUUCCAGGACUCCGUCCGAAUGCCAUGGAAUGUUCUCCCGGGUACGAAAUCGGACGCGGCGAACUGCGUAAUUCCGAUCUCCGCCAUCUACACUCCCUUGAAACCUCUGCCCUCCACCUGCCCGCUCCUUCCCUACUCCCCGCUUCGCUGCCGUAACUGCCGAUCCGUUAUCAGCCCUUUCGCGAUUGUGGAUUUCUCCUCCGUCAAUAAGAUCUGGAUCUGUAGCUUCUGCCUCCAGCGUAACUACUUCCCCCCGCAUUACCAGUCGAUAUCCGACCAGGAAUUGCCUGGGGAGCUCUUCCCGCAGCACACCACGAUUGAGUAUGAGACAAUGGCUACGAAUGAGAAGCCGCAACUUGGGAGUAAUAAUGUUUUUUUGUUUGUGGUGGAUACUUGUGUUAUUGAGGAGGAACUAGGUUUUUUAAAAUCCGCUUUGCUACAGGUGUUGGGAAUGGUACCUGAGAACUGUUUGAUUGGGUUGAUUACUUUUGGGACAUAUAUACAAGUUCAUGAGCUGGGAUUUGCACAGAUUCCCAAAGUGCAUGUGUUCAAGGGGUCAAAGGAGGUGACUAAAGAUCAGGUGUUAGACCAGAUGGGCUUCUUUGCAAAAAAGCCAAGGCCAAGCACAGGCAUUAUUGCUGGAGUAAGAGAUGGGCUUUCGCAGGAAAGUAUUGCAAGAUUCCUUUUGCCUGCAUCUGAUUGCGAGUUUGUUCUCAAUUCGAUAUUAGAGGAGCUUCAGAAAGAUCCUUGGCCGGUGCCAUCAGAUCAACGGGCUGCUAGGUGUACAGGUACAGCAUUGAGUGUGGCUUCUCAUUUGUUGGGCAUAUGUGUACCUGGUUAUGGAGCCAGAAUUAUGGCAUUUCUAGGCGGGCCAUCAACGGAAGGGCCAGGCGCUAUUGUGUCCAAAAAUCUGUCUGAACCUAUGCGUUCUCACAAGGAUCUGGACAAAGAUUCUGUACCUCAUUAUCACAAAGCUGUAAAGUUCUAUGGAGAACUUUCAAAGCAGCUUGUUCAUCAGGGACAUGUGCUAGAUGUUUUUGCUUGCGCACUUGAUCAGGUGGGGGUUGCUGAACUUAAAGUUGCUGUUGAGAAAACAGGAGGCCUUCUUGUUCUUGCUGAAAGUUUUGGCCAUUCUGUUUUCAAGGAAUCAUUGAGACGUGUUUUUCAGUCUGGUGACCACAAUCUGGGACUGUCAUCAAAUGGUAUAUUUGAGAUUAGUUGCUCAAAGGAUAUCAAAAUUCAGGGAAUUAUUGGCCCAUGUGCAUCACUUGAAAAGAAAGGUCCUCUGUGCUCUGAAACUGUAAUUGGGCAGGGAAAUACCACUGCAUGGAAGAUGUGCGGCCUUGACAAAACUACUUCCUUGUGUUUAAUAUUUGAUGUUGUCAAGAAAGAGUGCUCAGAUGCUAUUGCUCAAUCAGAAAACAACCAGUUCUACUUUCAGUUUUUGACUUAUUAUCAGCAUGGCAGCGGACAAAUGAGACUUCGUGCGACUACUCUCUCCAGAAGAUGGAUCGCUGGACCUGGAAGCAAAGAAGAACUAAUUUCUGGAUUUGACCAAGAAGCAGCUGCUGUAGUCAUGGCACGUCAAGUUUCUUUCAAAAUGGAAAACGAGGCUGAAUUUGACCCCAUAAGAUGGUUGGAUAAGUCAUUGAUUCAUAUAUGUUCUCGGUUUGGGGAGUACCAGAAGGAUGCCCCAUCUUCUUUCACCUUAUCUCCUAGAUUUUCAAUAUUUCCUCAGUUCAUGUUUAAUUUACGACGUUCGCAGUUUGUCCAGGUCUUUAACAACAGCCCAGAUGAGACGGCACAUUUUCGAAUGAUUCUUAACAGAGAAAAUGUUGCUAAUUCAGUUAUGUAA